ACAGUUUACCCGGAAGAAACCUAGUCUGUACAGAUCAGUUUAAUAAUGGUUCUGUUAUUGUACAUAGUUGUGUUUGUCACCGCUGUUAAUCACGUUCUAGGUUUGGCAACUACCACGAUUGAUUGUAUGGGAUACGGAAAUCCUGGACGGAGUACUGUAUUGACUUGUGAAACAGCGGGCACUAUAAUUACUGGAAUCCGUUGGCUUCGACCAAAUGGUGGAACACCAUUAGUGGUGAUGGCAUGUUACAAAGCUAACACUCUGUGUUUGCCAUCUGGUGGUGUAACUGGCUACAGUGUUUCUCGAGACUCGCCCACACACCAGACUCUCACCAUAAAAUCGUUCAACACUUCGGUAGAUGCUGGAGAAUGGAUUUGCCGGGAUGGAAUAACAGGAGCUGGCCUAUUUAGAUGUAAUAAAAUUGUCGCAAGUGGUCCAGACUCUGUUACACUCAAUCCUCCACCACCUGGGUCUGUAGUAGAAGGAGACAGUCUGACUGUAACGUGUGCUGCUGCUAGUUGUAAUCCACCAUGUUCCUAUUCUUGGACUCUGGGAAAUCAACAGAUCUCACCAACAUCUCGGUUAACACUGACAAACAUCAACAGGAGUCAGACAGGGAAUGUGUACACGUGUACAGCGACCAACUCUGCUAUACCAAUGUCUAAAGCUAAACAGUUCACACUGACAGUGUACUGUGGCCCAGACUCUGUUACACUCAGUACUCCAUCACCUGUGUCUGUAGCAGAAGGAGACAGUCUGACUGCAAUGUGUGCUGCUAGUUGUAAUCCACCAUGUUCCUAUUCCUGGACUCUGAGAAAUCAGCAGAUCUCACAAACCUCACGGUUAAAAUUGACAAACAUCAACAGGAGUCAGACAGGGAGUGUGUACAUGUGUACAGCGACCAACUCUGCUAUACCAAAGUCUAAAACUAAACAGUUCACACUGACAGUGUACUACGGACCAGACAAAGUCCAGCUAAAGAGCACUUCUCCUCUGACAGUGAAGGAAGGUGACGAUGUAGCUGUGUCAUGUGGAGCUACUAACUGUUCUCCAUCCUGUUCUUUCAUGUGGAAGUUUAAAUCUCAGAUAAAAUCAACCAGUUCUGUAUUGUCCUUAAAUAACAUACAGAGAUCAGCAGCUGGUGAUUACACGUGUACUGUUAGGAACAGAAACACACAGAAACCAUUAGACAAGACCAUUACUCUGGAUGCGCAGUACCGAUCUUCAAUCACUUCUCUGACUUUGAACUCCCAGUCUACAAGUGUUACAGUUGAUGAGCUAACUGCUAUGACUCUGAGAUGUGAUGUUGACGGUAAUCCAGAAUCUGACAUCAAACUGUUGAACAGCUCACAGACACUGGAUGAAGUGACAAACUCUAAACAGGCUGAGUACACGUGGAACGAGGCUGGAUGUCUGGAUACAGGACACUACACGUGUGAAGCAGGCAAUAGCAUCAAAUCAGCUAUCAGAGAAAGUGUACAGCUUGUUGUCAGAUGUUCACCAAGACUAGAUCAUCGAGUUCCAUUCCAGAAAGUGUUUGCAGCAGCAGUAGGUGGUAAUGUAACUCUGAAGAUAUCAGUAAUUGCCAAACCAACACCGACAUUCACCUGGUAUAAACUGACUGAUGGAAGCAAACAUAGUCUUGGGUCUGGUAGUCCAUCUACAACUGACGUAUCUGCUGUUGGAAAACUCACACUGACAAAUGUUCAGCAGGGAGACAUUGGAACCUAUCAGGUUGUUGUGUCUAAUGGAAUUAAAAGCACAUAUCUUGUGAAGAACCUGACACUUGAUGUAGCAGGUCCUCCGAAUAUUCCCUCUGAUGUCGCAGCAUGGAGCAGUGAUUCAAACUCAAUCUCAGUUGCUUGGAUAGAGGCAUUUAACGGAGGAUCGGAGCAGACGUUUAUUGUACAAUACAGAGAAGACACAACAUUACGGUGGAAAAAUCUAACUGAAGUUAUUCCUGAAAAUGGUCGUGGCACCAUCCAGAAAGCUGUCAUAUCAGAUCUUCAGUCAAACACGAGAUAUCUGGUGCGAGUUUUGGCUUAUAACAAAUAUGGAUACAAAGACUUUACCAAGGAACAGGACGUUUCGACAUUACCCCCAGGUGAAUGUCUUGUACCAGUUUCAUCGAACAAAGUAACUGGAGAAGGAAUUGCAGUAGCGAUUGGAAUCGGGAUUGUUGUUGCAGCUGCAGCAGUGAUUGUGGUUAUCUUUAUUUUGUGGCGACGAGGUUAUGUGUGUGCAUCUUCAAAAUCAGAACUCGGUAAUUCCGAAGGCCAGACAAACACAUAUGAGGGGCUGGGAACUCGAGAAGAUACGCCCUGUGCAAAAAUGGAACUUUAUGAAAAUCUCAAAACCUGAGGUAUACACAUCUUCUAAAAUUGGCUUAUUAAAAACGACUCUUUCAUUUUUCUUUAUGUUUGAAUGAUUUUUUUUUAACGACCACCCAUACUGCUUUGAAACGAAGAUAAAUAUAAAGAAUAAAUUCCAAAAGUAUUAACAGCUUGUUUUUGGCAGGAAUUGCAGCCCAUUGCAGCCCAGGUCAACUGCCAGAAAGACUUGCUAGCAGGUGAAAGUGAUCUAAUUUGAAAUGAGUGCCUCUCCACUAUUAUUAUUUUAUCUUAUUUUCGUGCUUAUAUCCAACUGAGGUUCAAGCACGUUGUGCUGGGCACACAUAUCGGCAAUAUCGACUGUCCAGGGCAGUGGGUUAGUGGUGAGUGAAAGAGAAGCUGGUGUAGUGGUCAUACACCUACCCACUGAGUUGUUAAACUCACUCUGAUUGGGAGCCAGUACCGAGAUAUGAACCC